AUGGCUAAGAUAAUUGGUUCAGUCGCAGGAACAUUUGUGCUUGCAUUCUCAUUAGACUAUAUCAUUUCUGAUAAAAAGUUGUUUGGAGGUAAGACUCCGAGAACAAUGUGCAAGGAAUGGCAAGAGGAAACCGAGAAGAUGAAAAGCGCAUGGCCUCGCACUGCUGGACCACCGGUCGUCCUAAACCCUCUCACUCGCCAAAAUUUCAUCGUCAAAUCUCGUAAUUCUUGA